CUCGAUGACAGGUGAGAAGCUACAUGUUUGUAUGGCAGUUAUUGCAUACUAUAACUGCUUUUACUUGCAGCAUGCGAUUGUCAGAAGACCUGGCGGGGCAUUCGAGAUCGGUACGCCCGUGAACUGAGGGCCAGUGAAGAAAAACGAAGCGGCAUGUCUGCGGCGGGGGUGUACAAGUCCAACUGGCCGCUCUUCACCACUCUGGACUUCUUAAAAGAGUUCAUACGACCACGCAGAACCAAAAAGCUUCCAGCCCCUGCAAGGAUUGCUGCCACGUCAGCUGCUAACAGCGCAGGUCCCAGUUUGACGCAAGACGAAUGUGAGAGUGGGCUUUCCAGAGACCCUCUUUUUGUUACAGAGGAGGUGUCCUCGUUAUUACUUUCCUGCAUUGAAGGUGAGAAGCAGGGCAUGACGGAUGGAGAGGAAAACAGGAGCACCACUCAGACAUCUUCUACUCAUGAAAGUGCUGACAGCCCGUUUUCCCCUUCACCGACAUUUGCCCUCCUUCGAAGCCAAGAAGCCUGCAAUGAAACGCCGACACCUCCUCUGGAUAGGCCGACACCCAAAAGACGGAAAACUGCUGAGGACAACAGCCUUGUGCAGAUUUUAAACUGCGCCACGCAAAACAUGCAGAAUGGAGCAAGAUGCACAAGGCCCCACCUCGAUGCCGAAGACGACGUCACCAUGUUUCUGCUAAGCAUGAGGGAAAUACUCAAAUCCUUCGAUUUGAAGCAAAGGAUGAUUGCACAAAUGCGCAUGCAAGAAGUACUGUUCAGUAUGCGGUUCAACGAGUAA